AAGAUUGUGGUGCGGAGACAACCAUGGAGCAUGCGGAGGAGAUGAGAGCAGAUGCGGCGGUGCAUUAUCGAGGGGUGAGGAAGAGGAAAUGGGGCAAAUGGGUGUCGGAGAUCCGGGAGCCGGGGAAGAAGAGCAGGAUAUGGCUGGGGAGCUUCGAGUCGGCGGAGAUGGCGGCGGUGGCGCACGACGUGGCGGCGCUGCGGCUCAAGGGCCACGACGCGCAGCUCAACUUCCCGGAGUCGGCGGAGCAGCUGCCGCGGCCCAGGAGCUCGGACCCCAAGGACAUCCGCUCCGCGGCGCUGGAGGCGGCCGCGAGGCUCCGGUGCAAGACCACCACCGCUCGGGCCGGGAUGUCGUCGGCGCUGGAGCGGCUCGGGAACGACGAGCUCGGCCUCGACUCCCCCAAGAUGUGGCUGGACCUGGCCGAAGCGCUGCUGAUAACCCCACCGGCUUGGAACAGCGAGGUGAGCGAGCUCGAGGACUGGGAACACCAUGGAUCCUUAUGGGAUCCCUUCCCGUAACCUAUAUAUAUCGCAUUAACUCACAUCCUUGUAUUUAAUGAGGAUGAUUGGGUGCUUUAACUCCAUAAAUAUUGACUCGAAAUGUACUCUAUCUAUUCUUGAUGCAUAAAAGCCAAAAGAAAUGCAUGUAAGUGCAGUUCUUGGUUGCAGAAAGAUGACAGCCAAGACUGCAGAGCAUAAGAGAGCAUUUACUGUCUGUUAAGCCUCUCA